AUGGAAAGUGAAUUUCUUAGCAAGGUGGAAGAUAAUGCGGUUAUCCGAAUAUGGUCAGAAAAGUCGCAACUCAAGAAAGGUGAUAGUCUGACAAUGGGGUUUGCAGCAGAGUUAUGGGAUUACACCAGCAUCAAUGUGACUCAGAACAAUCUUCAGGAGUUGAAAGAAAUUUGGGCUCAAUGGGAGGAUGAAGUCAAACAAUUGUUUUACUAUAAUUAUGGUGAUUUACCCUACUUGCUUGACAUCAAUGGAGAUGAACAUUUAUUUCGAGCUUUGGCCCAAUUUUGGAAUUCCGCUUAUAGCUGCUUCACAUUUGGGGAGGUAGACAUGGUGCCUACUGUGGAGGAGUAUACAACUUUACUUCGUUGUCCAAGAAUCCAAGUGGAUAAAGUUUAUUCUAGAACUGUUAAUGUUUCGACUUUUACAAAGAAGUUAACGAGAAUUACAAGAAUAAGUGAGCAAUGGGUCACCGCACGAAUCAAACAAAAGGGAGAAAAUAGAUGUAUCCCUUGGAAAAGUUUGCGAGAUCAGAUUUUGGCACACCCGGAUACGAAGAAAAAGGUUGAUGUUUUUGCUUUGAGUAUGUAUGGGCUGGUUAUUUUUCCUAAAGUGUUGGGGCAUAUAGACGAAGCUGUUACAGAUUUGUCUGAUCAACUUGAUAGGAGGGUCACAUCCGUUCCAGCAAUUUUGGCAGAAACGUUUAGGUCUUUAAGUGCAUGUCGAAGAACGGGGGAGGGAAGAUUCGUUGGUUGUGCACAACUCCUGUUGGUUUGGUUUCACAGCCACUUCUGGAAGGUGGAUAAGAUUUCUUAUCAAGUUUUCUCAGAAAAUUACUCGUCUUUGAAGGAAUUAGCAGCAACACCAAGACGUAAUGACAUCACGGAGGAAAAGUGGAUGACGAUCCUUCAUAAUCUACGAGACGAAUAUGUUGAAUGGAGAGCUUCUUGGAUGGUGCCCGACGAGAUUUUGUACCGAUGUGGGGACUUUGACUGGGUCCCUUUGCUUGGAAUUUGGGGAGCUGUCGGAUAUGCCCCUUUGCUCGUGUUAAGACAAUAUAAGUCAAAGUAG